AUUUUCACUGGCUUCGGUAUCUACAUUUUUGUUUUGUUUACAUUGAAAAAAGUAAUUGGUGUUUUAUGAGUUUCAAUUAUCUCAUCUUUUUCAUUUAAAAACAUUCAAGUGCCAUAGCUAAUUUUUACACCGAAUAAAGCCCGUUUUAAACAACAGUUCGAUAUUAUCAUAUGGUAAAGUGUUUUCAAAUCGUAAUAUGUCGACUUGUAAAACUCUCGGUGCAAAAUUUGAUUAUGCUGAUCCUUUAAAUAUGGACGAAUUUUUGACCCAAGACGAGAUUUUGAUUAGAGACAAAUUUCGCUCUUAUUGUCAAGAAAAGUUGAUGCCAAGAAUUUUGAAAGCUAACCGUGAUGAGGUGUUUGACAAGAAUAUAAUGAAAGAAAUGGGAUCUUUAGGUGCCAUAGGGUCAACUUUGAAAGGAUAUGGUUGUUCCGGUGUAUCUUACGUUGCCUAUGGAUUACUUACUCGUGAAAUAGAGAUGGUUGAUAGUGCUUUUAGAACAGCUUUGAGUGCACAAUCAUCUCUAGUUAUGGGGGCAAUUUAUGAGUUCGGAAGUGACCAACAGAAGGACAAGUAUUUGGAAAAAUUGAGAUCUGGUGAAAUUAUUGGUUGUUUUGGCCUGACUGAGCCAGAUUUUGGAAGCGAUGCUGGUGGUAUAACGACAAAGGCCACUUAUGAUGCAUCUACAAAAAGCUAUUAUCUUACUGGAUCCAAAACAUGGAUAACUAACUCACCGAUUGCUGAUAUUUGUGUCGUCUUGGCUAAAAGUGACGCUCAUAAGGGAAAAGUCAAAGGAUUCAUUUUGGAACGAGGAAUGAAAGGCUUGGAAACACCUAAAUUAGAGGGCAAAUUAUCUUUAAGAGCUUCAACAACUGGAAUGAUAUUGAUGGAAAAUGUUCAAGUUCCCGAAGAGAACAUGCUUCCUGAAGUGGAAGGAAUGAGAGGUCCGUUUUCAUGUCUAAAUAAUGCCAGAUACGGAAUCGCAUGGGGAGUAUUAGGAGCCGCACAGUUUUGUUAUGAAGCUGCUCGACAAUACACAAUGGAUCGUAAACAAUUUGACCGUCCGUUAGCAGCUAACCAAUUGAUACAGAAAAAAUUAGCCGAUAUGGCUUCUGAAAUUUCUAUUGGAUUAGCAGCUUGCUUGCAAGUAGGUCGUUUGAAAGACAAAGGCUUAGCUACUCAUGAAAUGAUUUCUUUGAUUAAACGAAACUCCUGUGGUAAAGCCUUGAAGAUUGCUCGAAUGGCUCGUGAUAUGCUUGGUGGAAACGGUAUCUCUGAUGAAUAUCAUGUAAUGCGCCAUGCAAACAAUUUAGAAGCUGUUAAUACCUAUGAAGGAACGCAUGACAUUCAUGCUUUAAUACUAGGGAAAGCUAUUACAGGAAUACAAGCAUUCUUUUGAAUGAAGUGCAAUUGACAACUUGAGCUUACAAUGUUAAUAUGUAGAGACUCAAAUACACUAUAUUUUUACCUUCUUUCGGUUUGAGUUUUGGUUUUCUUAUUUUUAUUUUGUUUCAUACAAUUGAAAUAUAACUUGUAAAUUUAUUGUUUCUCGGAACGAAAAAAUUUAAUUUAAUUUCAUAAAUAUCUUAUUUGUUUAAACAUAUUCAACCAAUUUCACAAAAGUGACUCUAAUCUUCAAUUUAAGAUAUUUUAAGAUUAAUAAAGUGAAUAGGGAAUUUUA